AUGCCGGCACCUGUUUCGUCCCAAGUCAGCACAUCAGCACUCCCGUCAUCAUCACCAUCACCAUCACCACCAUCACAACUAUCACCACCAUCACAACUAUCACCAUCAUCACAACUAUCACCACCACCACCACAACCAACCAUCACCGGACCAACCACCACAACCGAAAUCACCACCCUCUACCUAACCUUCACCACCCCCCUCCCAACCGCCAACACCACCAUCUCGACCCACGCCCACCAACCCCCUUCCCCCCCAGCACCAGACCUCACCCCCUUCAGCAACCCUCAAACCUGGCCCUCCCCCCGCAAACACCUCCUCCUGGCCCUCUCCUGCAUCGCCACCUUCCUAACCGCCUACACAGCCGGUUCCUACUCCCCGCCCCAACACCUCAUCCAAGCCUCCCUCUCCUCCCACCCGCCCAUCGAAGCCGUCCUCACCGGCAUCACCACCUUCUGCCUCGGCUUCGCAUUCACCCCCAUGGUCCUCGCCCCCCUCUCCGAGAUGAACGGGCGGUACCCCGUCUUCGUGGCCGCCGGGAUCGUGUACGUGGUGUUUCAGGCGGUAUGUGCUGUAGUGACGAACCUGGCGGGGAUGUUAGUGGCGAGGUUUUUGGUCGGGGCCGGCGCAUCGGUGUUCAGUACCAUGGUGGGGGGCGUGAUUGCGGAUAUGUGGGAUGCGAAGGGGAGGAAUAUGCCGAUGGCGGUUUUUAGUGGGAGUGUGCUGGCCGGGACGGGGUUGGGGCCGUUGGUGGGGGCUGUGAUGACCGAGAGGAUGGGAAGGGAGGCAGAGGAGGAGGGAGGAGGGGGGAAGUGGAAGUGGAUUUUUUGGCAUCAGGUGGUGAUGUGUGGGGUUAUGAUGGUGGCGGUGGUGGUUUUUUUCAGGGAGAGUAGGGGGUCCGUGUUGUUGUCGAGGAAGGCCGGGGCGUUGAAUCGGUGGUAUGAGGCGUUGGAGGGGGAGGGGUAUUUUGGGGUUUGGGAGGUUGACGAAGGGGAAGGGGGCAACGUGGGAGAACAGGAUGGGAAUGGUAGCGGGGAUGAGGAGAAACAGUCGGGUUUCAACACGGGACAACAACAACAACGAACAACCGCCAACCUCCGCCGGAUCCGAUGGAUAGUCAAAGAAGACGAGGAACGGGCAUCGCUCAGCAAGAUGAUUGGGACGUCCAUAUCGCGGCCGUUCCAUCUGCUGUUUACCGAGCCUGUUGUGUUUUUCUUCUCGCUUUGGGUGGCUUUUGCUUGGGGGAUUCUUUAUCUCACCUUUGGGUCUAUUCCAUAUGUCUACCAGACUGUGUAUGGUUGGUCGCUGGAGAAGUCUGGUUACAUUUUUGUGGCCUUGAUCAUUGCGGCUGUGCUUGCUACGGCUAUUGGCGUGUGGCAGGAGAGUUUGUUGAGGCAUCCGAACAGCAACAACAACAACAGCAGCAACAACAACAACAGCAGCAGCAGCAAUAACAAUAAUAAUGACGACAUCUCCGACUCAUGCUGCAGCAACACCAAGACCUCCCCCUCCUCCUCACAACCGACGACCCUCUGUCUAUCCGACCGCAUCUGGCGCCUCCUCCGCGAGCGUUUCCCCGUCACCUCCCCCGAAUCCCGCCUCUACUUUACCUGUCUCACCAGCACCUUCCUCCCCAUCGGCCUCUUCAUCUUCGGCUUCACUUCCCGCCCGGACACCCACUGGAUCGGCCCAGCCAUCGGCAUGGUCUUGGCCACCAUGGGUAUUCUGUCUAUCUAUCUCGCCGUCUUCAACUACUUCGCCGAUACCUACCAUAAAUACGCCUCCUCGGCCCUGGCGGCCCAGUCGUUUUGUCGGAAUGUGCUGGGCGGCGCGUUCCCGCUCGUUACGGGGCCGCUGUUUCGGCGUUUGGGGGAGGCCAGGGCGGGAGCGGUGUUGGGGGGGAUUGCGGCGGGGUUGACGGUGGUGCCGUGGGUGUUGGUUUUUUGGGGGGGGAGGAUUAGGGCUAGGAGUCCUUUUGCGAGUGUGAGUUUUUUUUUUUUUUUUCCUUCAUACCCCAUAUUUCUCUUGUUGAAUUACUAG